AAUUUUGCAAAUACAAUAUACAUAUACAACCAAGAUGAUUUGCUAUACACAUUAUAAGUCUGCUGAAAAACUUUCAAAAUUAAUUGCGUAAACAGUUAUCAAUAUAUAUUUUACAAAAAAUUUUUACACAUCUAUUUUUGUAAAGAUAUCUACAUAAUUGUAGAUUAUAUUGAUGCAAGAUUUCGUAAUAUUUAAUAAAUGUUUUCUUAUCGAGAUAUAUGUAUACUUCCAACAGCCAAACCUGAAAAGACAGACUAUACGCAUAGUUUGUUAAGAUCUUAUGUCAGAGAGACAAUAGAUUUCAAUCAGACUUCGUAAUAUCAGGCAAUGUAAGCAAAUUACUGCAAAAAAUAUUACAGAACCUGCUAACGUUCUACAUAGCAGAAAUCGAAUGGAAUCCGUUGACAAGAUAUCACUGACGACAGAAAAUUAGCAGAACCUGCGUGAUAAUAAUAUGACAACAGAUUGGCAACAAAAAUGCAGCAGACUUCGAUCGAUUUUUGUUGAUGUAAAAUAUGUAUGUUAACAAGUUUUAUCAAUAGAAUGUUAGCAGGAUAGGACUUCAGAUGAGUUCAGUUUGCUAACACUUUCUGAUAUUCUAUUGUCAGUCUGUUAAUAUUCUGUCAACAUUUUUUCUAACCGAAUAGAGAUAUCAUUAAAUUUUAUAUACGAAAAACAAAACCAUUUAGCGGCAGUCUUGUAAUUAUUGUAUUCAGUGAACAUACCCGGUUCGAUUUUAGAGUAAGAAUUAUGUUAAAUAAAAUAAUUAAUAAAAUGAACUAAUAACACCAAGUCAAUAACCGUUUUGUAAAAAAUUCAAUGCUAAGACGUGUCUCUUGUUCAUCAAAUAGAGUCCAUUAUUUUAAUAAGCGUGAGUGCAAAUAUCAAACGCAUUGAUACAUAAUAAGACAUACGUUUUACUAAAAUUUACUAUCACAAUUAGAAGACACAAUUGCGAUAUGUGUAGCAUAUGAAUUUCAACUUGCCACAAAGUGUGAAUAGUUAGUUUGUUAGUUUUAUUCAUAAUUAUGGUGGAUACACUUCAACGUAUUUUGCAUCCUCUUCUUUUUAUGUGUUUUGUUGUGGGCUUAACCUUUUAUCCAAAAAAGCGAUUAAAGAUUCAAGUUACAUGUUUAAAUAUUCUAUAUUCUUUGACAAUCUGGUUUGCUUAUACCUGUAUUUUUUCCUACAUAUAUAUUAAUUUUACAAGAGAAAUAUUAUUUGAGUCAAUCGCUAUGGAAAUCGGUGUAGCAUCAAACUUCUUGCUCUCAAUUAUAUCUGUGAUUAUGAGUUUCUAUCAUCAAAAGAGAUUUGAAAUAGGCAUAAAAAAACUUGCUGCUGUGGAUGACACUUUGGAGAAAUUAGGUACUCCAAAAAUGUAUCAAAAGCUACAUGUGAAGAUUAAACAAAUAAUAAUUGGAUGGAUUGUGUACUAUCUGGCAAUAAGUGUUUUUGAUUCAAUAUGGUGGUUCAACUUCUAUGAUAGUACUUGGGGAUUAUAUUUGCCUUACAUAUUAAAUCAUUGUAUUCAUAUCAAUGUGCUUGUGGAUUUGUUAUUUAUCUUCUUCUUAUGGUAUGUUGGUACCAGAUUUGAUAAAGUAAAUGAGCAUAUACGAUGUUUAAUAAUGAGAAGAAAUUAUGGGCUAAGAUGUACAUGGGAACCUCAACACACUUUACAUAAUAAUUAUAAGAAAACUUUAUGGACUACAAUGCAUCUUCAUUUAGAAUUAUGUCAUCUAACUCGCGAGAUAAACUUGAUAUUUACAGUGCAAAUGACUAUUGAAAUGGCAUCUCUUCUUCCAUAUUUAACAUCACUGUUUUAUUAUUUAUAUUGGAUGAUAAUACAACAAUAUCGAGGAAGAAUUUAUACAUUAUUUGACUGGAUUGGUAUUUUUGUACGGGUUUUAAUUUUUUUAAUAAGGCUUUAUGCCGUAAAUUACAUCUGUGAAAACGUCACGCAAAAGGCGAACAAAGUUAGUAAAUUAUUUUAUCAACUGACGUAUAUUCAUCAAUAUGCUGAUGUUUGGAAAGAGAUUUAUUACUUUAUUCUGCAAACAAUGCAUCAUCCCUUGAAAUUCAAUGGAAUGGGUCUCUUUUAUUUUGGCUAUGAGUGUCUCCGGCAGUUUUGCAUGACGGUUUUAAUGUACUUAAUUAUUAUGGUACAGUUUAAAGUAUUAAUUGAAUAUUAAACGCAUUUAAUCCCUGCCAAUGGAAAUAAUACAAGAAGCAUUUCACUCAACUUCACGUGACAAGACUGUAUCAAGGUUUUUCUUUGUGAUUAUAUUUACUUGUGAUUGUAUCACUCAGAAACAAUUUAACAUAAUAAAGGAAAAUCGAUUAAUAUAAA